AUGGCACCUCCCACACGCCAAAAAGUAGUCAUAGUGGGCGCCGGCCCCGUCGGAUCAUUGGCUGCUCUCUAUGCAGCCUCCCGCGGCGAUGAUGUCGAGGUUUAUGAUCUGCGUGCUGAUCUCCGUGAUCCAUCCACCGUCCCCCUGAACUUUACAAAGUCCAUCAAUUUGGCUCUCUCAGAACGAGGCAUCCAUUCUAUGCACCUUUCCGGCCGCGAGGAUGUGGUACAUAAGAUAAUGAGCCAGGCCAUUCCCAUGCAUGGUCGAAUGAUCCACGGAAGGGACCUCACAGGGAACCUGUGGCAGGCCGCUCAAGCAUAUGAUGUCCACGGACAAGCCAUCAACUCGAUCGACAGGGCCACUCUGAACAACGCUCUCCUCGACGAGCUCGAAAAAACACCCAACGUGAAACUAUUCUUCAACCACAAACUCACCGGAGCCGACUUCCACACGCGCAAGGCUUGGUUUGAGCGUCGCAUACCCGAAGACGAACACAAAACAGAUUAUCCCCAUCCAGAUGAUGCCUCCGUUGACUUUGAUCGAGCACCUGAAGUCGAGGUGUCAUUUGACUUUCUCAUUGGCGCUGACGGGGCACACUCUGCGUCGAGAUAUCAUAUGAUGAAAUACUCACGAGUGGAUUAUCAACAAGAGUACAUUGACACACUGUGGUGCGAGUUUAGGAUUGAGCCUACGAAAGAGGGAGAUUUUAGGAUAUCGCCCAAUCACUUGCACAUCUGGCCUGGCAAGGAGUUUAUGUUUAUUGCGCUGCCGUCUCCGGAUAAGUCAUUUACAUGCACACUAUUUGCCCCGGCAGACCACUAUGCUCAACUCGGAAACACACCCGAAGCGCUGUGCAAAUCGUUUCAGCAAUACUUUCCAGGGGUAUCUCCCGAGUUGAUCUCACCUGAGGAUCUAUACCGACAAUUUACCACCAAUCAACAUCUCCCCCUGAUCAGCAUUAAAUGCAAGCCUCACCACUAUGAUUCCAGCGUCGUCAUCAUCGGCGACGCAGCACACGCCGUUCUCCCAUUCUACGGCCAAGGACUAAACGCCGGUAUGGAAGACGUCAGGGUCCUUUUUGAGAUUCUCGAUUCACACGGCGUAUACGACGUUACCCACGACGCAGCUUCUCGAGACAAAGCUCGCAACGCAGCCUUUGAGACAUACACCAAGACACGAGUAGUAGAUGUACACGCCAUCAACGACUUGUCAAAAGGAAACUUCAUCGAAAUGCGUGCCGGCGUCAAUUCACGCUGGUACAAACUCCGCAAAUUCAUCGAAGAGAAUCUCGAUCGCUACAUGCCCCAACUAGGCUGGCGAACGCAAUACUCGCGCGUCAGUUUCAGUAAUAUGCGAUAUUCAGAGAUUAUGAGAGCAGUUGAGAGACAGCGUCUGUUGUUAACAGCAAGUCUCGGUAUGGCUGUUUUUACUGCUCUUGUUUCGGGACUCGCCGUUGGAAGCACGAUGAUGUGGAGACAUCCACAACGGUUUGGUCUUCGGAGUGUUUUGGGAUAUGUUGCGGGGAGACGUUGA